AUGGAUAAACAAAAUCAAUAUGUAGAGAUGGGAUUUACAUCACCAUCAAUUUCAUCAUGGGAUAAUUGUUCAAUGGGAGAGACAGAAAGUACAGGAUGGGAAUUGAUUGCAUCACCAACUCCAUACCAACAAUCCAAUGCAGCACCUCUUCCACAACCAUAUCCAAUUAUUUUGACAACCAUUGAUUUGGAAGAACCAACUUUUAUGGCAAUCGCCACUACUCCAAUCCUUAUUCCCAAAGCUAGUUCUCCAAUUAAAUCAACAUUGAUUGAUACUACCACUACCACAACCAAUAAUAAUAAUAAUAAUAAUAAUAAUAUUACAACAAUUGUUAAUAAUAAUAGUAAGAGUGAAAUUAUGGUACCUGGAACACAAACAGCAAGUACUAUAGUACGCGGUACAACAACAACAACACCAUUCACAACCAGUAGAAUAUUCACAUCAUCCUCUAUGAUUGGUCGACUACAACAAAUUGAUACCUAUCGAUUCUGUCCAUCCAUCCUAUCAGCGACCGACAUUCAUUCACUACACCAAAGUUUAGAUAAAAUGUCCAAAGAUGUUAGUAAAUGUUGUGUAUAUUCAUCCAAAUCGAUAUCGAAACAAGUGAGUGACAUAUCAAAGCAAGUUCGAUUAUCAUCAAACCCUGGAGGAGGUGGUGGAGUUGCAAGCAGAAGAAACAGUCUUCAUCAUUCGCGUAGCAAUAGUAAUCUUUCAACAACAACUAUUGUUCCUGCUAUUUAA